AUGUUAGACAUUGAUAGUCUGAACAUUGCACUACGAUUUCCAGAUGCAUAUUUGCCGUUAAAUUCUAUUGACUUUGGAGCAAAAUUUCAAAAACAAAUUGCAAUCAGUAUAACCAAAAAAACUCUUAGUCAUGAACAGUGUCAGAUGGUAAUGCAGCGUUCAUCACAAUUUAUUUUUCGAUUAUGCCGUGAAAUUAUUAAUCGACUUCCACAUAAUGUUGUUAUUAUGGAAAAAUUAAGGAAUUUAUCCCCAUUGGAGUGCCUUAGUGGUACAUUAAGACCAUCAUUUUCUAAUCUUCCUCUUGAAUUAGCAGGAAAUUAUACAGAUCAUGACAUUCUAGAAUCUCAGUGGAGGAAAUUAGGAACUUUGAAGUAUGCUGAUAUAUUUCCAGAUAAAUCUAUUACAGAUGUAACACUGAUAGAAUGUUGGGUAGAAUUAUCUAAAGUAAAAACAGCAUCUGGUGAAAAAAUGUUCAAGGAAUUGAGUGAUUUUGUAUUUAGAGUGUUAACUUUGCCUGUAUCAAAUGCCGUUGUAGAGCGUGUGUUCAGCGUCAUGAACACAACUAAAACCAAAUUGCGAAAUAGAAUGUCCAUGGAGUUAUUGGUAGCAUUAAUUCGAAUUAAAAUACAUUCUAAAGUAAACAAAUUUUGUUGUACUUCAUUUACACCAUCUAAAGAUAUGUUAAACCUGUUUAAUUCAAAAAUCUAUGAUUCUGAUAAAUCUGAAACAACUGCAUUAUCUAAAGAUUUAGAAAAUGAUAUUUUUGAUACAGUAGAACUGUUUAGUGUAGAACUGUAG